AUGGGAAAGCUCGUGCGGCUCGAGAUCUACAACUUCAAGUCGUACCGCGGACGCCACACGCUCCUCUUCGGCGACUCGUACUUCACCUCCAUCAUCGGUCCCAAUGGCUCGGGCAAGUCGAACAGCAUGGACGCCAUCUCCUUCGUCCUGGGAGUCCGGUCGUCCCAUCUGCGAUCCGAGAAGUUGAAGGACAUGGUCUACCGCGGCAGGAUCAUCCAGGAAGCGAGAAUCAACGCCGAUGGCACCGUAACCGAAGCCGACGGCGAUGCGAAUGGCGACGCGAACGGCCAGUCCAAUGGCGACACACAGGACAACGGCGACUCGCAAACCAGCUCACAGCGCAACGAUCCCCAGAACGCCUGGGUCAAGGCCGUCUUCGAGGACGACGCUGAGCAGACGCACGAGUGGCAGCGCGCCAUCACCAGCUCCGGCUCUAGCGAGUACCGAAUCAACAACCGCAUCGUCACCCAGAAGCAGUACGGUGAGGCGCUGGAGGAGCACAGCAUCUUGGUCAAAGCGCGGAAUUUCCUCGUCUUCCAGGGAGACGUGGAGAAGCUGGCGACGACCGCGCCCGAGCAGCUGACACUACAGGUCGAGCGCAUCUCUGGCAGUCUCGAGCAAAAGGCCGAAUACGACCGCCUCAAGGAAGAGUCCGAGAACGCCACCGAAGACAACGCGAAACAUCUGCACGAGCGUCGCGGCAUCAACGGAGAGCUCAAGACAUAUCAGGAGCAAAAGGCCGAAGCCGACGAAUACGAGAAGAAGCUCGCCGAGCGCGACGAAGCUGUUGUCACAAAGAACCUAUGGAAGCUCUACCUGGACCAGCAGAUUAUGGAGAAGGCGCGGAACAAAAUCGCCAGCCACCAGGAAGAGCUCAAGGAGCACAAGCGCAGCGUCGAGAAGUACCACCAGCGGCACGAGGCGGAGAGGCAGGCCGAGGCCAAGAUCAGGCGAGAUCUGACCAAGACUGACCGCAACACCAAGGCCAAGGAGAAGGAGAUCGAGGACGCCUCCAACGAGCUCGCACCUAUCGAGGAGAAGAUCCGCCUUUCCAACGAGACCCGCCGUAAAUACGAGAGCAGACUGGACGAGCUCCGGAAGAAGCGCGACGCUGAGAAGAAGGCUGUCGAGAAAUGCCAGAAGGACCUCGAUCUGGUCCAAAAGGCCGAAAAGAAGUGGGAGGAUGACUUCAAGGCGGCUGCCCAGAACCAGGGCCGCGAGCUUUCCGAGCAGGACCUCCAAGAAUACGGCCGGCUACGCAGCGACGUUACGAAGCGGACCCACGGAGACCAAAUGCAGAUAGACAAGCUCAAGCGCGAAGUCGAGACCGACCGGGACCAUGUCAAGAACCUCCAGCAGAGCGUCGACAAUCACGAGAAGGCUGUCGAGAGGCUGAAUGCAGACAUCAGCCAGCUCGAGGAGCGCCUGAAGGCUUCCAAGACGCAAGUCAAGGAUCUGAAAAGCGCAAGAGCCGCCAAACAGCAGGAGCUUGACAGACUCCGCGCCGACCGAAAGCAGAUCGAGAUGCAAUACUACGAGAAGAACCAGUUGCUGCAGGAAGUUCUGAAGCAACUCAGCAUCGUCGAAGGCAGCCGUCGAGAGUCAAGGAAGCAACAGGAGGCUCGCAGAACUAUCGAUCGCUUGAAGACUCGCUUUGGAUCUGAGAAAGUGCAUGGCCGAUACAAGGAUCUCAUCACCCCCAAGAUGCAGAAAUACCGCAAGGCCAUUGGACGAGUGCUCGGACACCAGAUGGAUACCGUCAUUGUCGACACCGAAACCACCGCCAAGUCAUGCAUCGAAUACCUGAAGGCAGAACGCAUUGGUGUCAUGUCUUUCAACCCACUAGACUCCAUCCAGAUUCAGGCGGUAGACCCCCAACUGAAGGGUAUGCACGAAGGCAUGCGACUUGCUAUUGACUGUAUCAACUAUGAGCCCAAGCACGAGCGCGCUAUGACUGCGGCAUGUGGCAACACCAUGAUCUGUAACACAGAGAAGCUCGCGAAAGAGCUCAGGUACACAAGACGCAUCGAAGUCAAGGCAGUCACCCUGGACGGUCGUGUAAUCGGCAAAGGCGGUACACAGACGGGUGGUGAGCUUGACCGUGACGACGAUUCAAGCGAGCAACAAUGGGAUGAGCGGUCCUACCAGGCGCUUCUGGACAAGAAGAACAGAUAUGAAGAAGAGCUCCGCGCGCUUCCCAAGCAAGAUCGUCAGUACACCCAGGAACAGGCUCUCGAAGUCGAGUUGCUAGACCUACAAGAGCAAAUUGCUCGAGCUGAAGAGGAAGCCCGGGCACUUGGUCGCAACAUUGAGAGCGUCAAGAAGGAGCUAGCACAUCACAAGAGCGAGUUGAAGGGCGUUCGGCCCAACUACGAGAAGCAAGCGCAACGGCUGCAGAACCGGGAGGAAGAACUCCAAACCUAUCAAGACACGGUGAAUCAGGUCAAUGACCAGGUCUUCGCCGCGUUCUGCCAACGGCUCGGCUACGAGUCCAUUCGCGACUACGAAGCUCAACAGGGUACUGUUCAGCAAGAAGCAGCAGAAAAGCGUCUCGAGUUCAGCAAACAGCGCAGCAGACUUCAAUAUCUGAUGAAGCAGGUCGACUCAUCGGCCCGAGGUGUUGAGGAACGUCUCAAGCAAGCCGAGGAGGAGAUUAAGCGCAAGACUGCUGACAUUACUGAGCUCGAAGCCAAGCGGGAAGAGCUGCAAAGCGCCCGUGACGUACUUCAGGCUGAGUUGGAAACGCUGCAGGAUCAACGACAGCGGUUGGAAGAAAAACUCGCUGAACGUGUUGCCGCUGUGAAGGAGGCACGACGCACUCUAGACCAGCGUAACGAAAAGGUCAAGAAUGUGCUGAAGGAAGUCGACCAGGAGGAUGCAAAGAUCAAGUCGAGCGCGACAAACCGUUACAAUGUGCUCAAGGAGUGCCGUGUCAACGAGAUCAAGAUUCCACUCACGGAAGACUCUAAACCGCUGACGUCCCUACCCAUGACUGAUAUGCCGCGGCCCGACGCGGACGCAGACGCUAUGGACAUUGACGAGGACCCUGAUUCGACCCAGAUACAGGCCGCGGAGGUGGAUGACUAUGGCAUCGAAGUCGACUUUGAACAGCUCGACGACGAGCUGAAGACGGAGGUUGUUGAGAUACUUGAGAGUGAGGACGACCCAGAUGAGCGCGUGCAAUCGCAAGCGGGCAAUCUGCUCAAGGCUGCAGAAGCCAAGUUGUCCGACGUGAUCACGAACCUCGAGACCGAAAUCAACAAGGCUACACCCAACAUGCGCGCUGCUGAACGUCUCGUUGCAACAGAAGCGCGUCUUAAAGCCGUCGACGAAGCAUUCGCCGAGACGCGCAAGCGCGCCGCUGCUGCAAAGAAGGCUUUCGAAGAAGUCAAGACCAAGCGCUACGAUCUCUUCAUGAAGGCUUUCAACCAUAUUUCCGAGAACAUCGGUGGUACCUACAAGGACCUGACCAAGUCGCCACAGUUUCCGCUUGGAGGACAAGCAUAUCUCGACAUGGAAGACAGCUCGGAGCCGUACCUCGCAGGUCUCAAAUACCACGCCAUGCCACCGCUCAAGCGUUUCCGCGACAUGGAGCAUCUAUCUGGUGGUGAGAAGACGAUUGCCGCGCUCGCUCUGCUAUUUGCCAUCCACAGCUACCAGCCUUCGCCGUUCUUCGUCCUCGAUGAAGUCGAUGCCGCAUUAGACAACGUCAAUGUCAGCAGAGUGGCUAAGUAUGUGCGCGAGCAUGCUAGCCCCGGUAUGCAAUUCAUUGUUAUCUCUUUGAAGGCAGGCUUCUUCCAGGAGAGUGAGACGUUGGUCGGUGUUAUGCGGGACCAAGGCAAGAUGACGAGCAAGUACUUGAGUUUAGAUCUGAGGAAAUACCAACCCGCUUAA